ACACGUGUCCAUACAGUCCAAACUGGAGGGACUGGAGAAUCUGGUGGAUUUGAAUGGAGCUGGGAGGAAAGCAUGUCCACUCUGCCCGGAGGAAAAGUUCAAGGCCUGUUACAGCCACAAGCUGAGACGCCACCUGCAGAACCUACACUGGAAAGUCUAUGUGGAAUUUGAAGGUCAGAGAAUGUGCAUCUGUCAUCUGCCCUGCAGACAGCUGAAAACUGGUCUUGGUACAGACCAGGCUCAGGGCAGAUUAGUUGCUCACUACCACUGUGUGGUCUGCUCUGUCACCAUCGCCCGUAAGACAGACAUGAUCAGUCAUCUCAAACGGCACAUUAAUAAAGGGGAGACAGAGGCCAGCUACUCCGGGGGCUCAGACGAGUAUGAGAUUAUGAAAGAGUUGGGAACCAACGUGCAACUCCUUCCCAACCACAGCACCCCGCAGAAGACAGACACCUAUUUCAACCGUAAAAUGAAGACCAACCGGCAGCUAGUCUUCUGCUCUCUGGCGGUUCUAGCUGAGGAGAGGAACCCACUGGAAUGUUUGGAUGCUUUUGGCGCCACAGGCAUCAUGGGUCUGCAGUGGGCCAAGCACCUUCGCAGUGCCGUGAAAGUGACCAUUAACGACAUAAAUGAGGCGUGUGUGAAGAUGAUAAGGGAGAACUGCCACCUCAACCACAUCCGCGUGGAGGGGUCUCGCACGCCACGCCCAGCGGAGGGGGUGGGAGAACCCGACACGCCCAUUGCCUCUGUGGAGGUGGUCAAAAUGGAUGCUAAUGUCAUCAUGCACCUAAGGCCAUUUGAUUACAUACACCUGGACCCCUUCGGUACGGCAGUGAACUACCUGGACGCAGCCUUCAGAAACGUCCGGAACCUCGGCAUCGUGUCGGUGACAUCUACGGACACAGGCUCGCUUUACUCCAAGUCGCCCAACGUGACGCUACGCCAUUACGGCUGCCAUAUAGUGCGGACGGAGUACUACAGAGAGCUGGCCGCGCGGAUGGUGGUGGCCUCCGUAGCCAGGGCAGCUGCUCGUUGUAAUAAGGGCAUUGAGGUGUUGCUGGCCGUGGCCCUGGAACACUUUGUGUUGGUGGUGGUCCGGGUUCUCAGGGGCCCCACUCAGGCAGACGAGUCAGCCAAAAGACUCCGCCAGCUUCUCCACUGCCAGUGGUGUGAGGAGAGAGUCUUCCUCAAGCCAGGGAGCAUGGUGGAGGAGAGUCUGUACAGACAGUUGCCGUGUCAGUGCCAUGGUAGCAUGCCAGGGAAGACGGCGGUGCAGCUGGGGCCACUCUGGUCAGGGCCUCUCUUUAACACUGGUUUUCUCCGGCGGAUGUUGGUGGCAGCAGUCCAGCACAGCAUGGAGGAUAUUCAGCCUCUGGUAAAGACGCUUAUCUGUGAGGCAGACUGUACCACCCUCAAGUCCUUCUCUGUCACGGGCCACUCCGUUCUCGCCAAUCAGGUGGAAUGUGGCGUGGUCAUAAAGACUUUACAGAAAGUGGAGGAAGCAGACACAGCUGACCAAUCAGGAAAGAGAAAAUCAGGGGAGGAUACUGGGAACCUGGUAAAGAAGCUUAAAUCAGACGUGUCACUGGAGCACCCAGCCUUCUACUACAGCAUCCACCGACACAGCAUCCGUGGCAUGAACAUGCCCAAGUUGAAUAAGUUUCUGCAGUAUCUCACCGAGGCCGGGUUCAGGGUGAGCCGAACCCACUUCGACCCGACGGGCGUUCGCACCGACGCCACCCUCGACCAGUUCAAAUCGGUCCUGACCAAGUACAGCGUGCCGACCUACACCUCGGCAGCUCAUACCAGCACCCACGGGCAAGGAACUGGCGCAGUGGACGCCGGCCGCAAAACAGACUGAA